AUGCACAUUAAAAGUCUUUCCAGACUCACCGAUGGUCUCCCGUUCUCGAAUCGCCCCUUGUUCGUGAAGCGUGGUGUUGAGGAGGGGACGGCCGGGAUGCAGCUCGACUGGGUCAAGCGCACGUCGCAAAAGGCGACGCCCCUGCUCGUCCACCUGUUGAUGAUCGGCUCGGUGGGGUUGUAUGCAGUACUCGGAGCUGUCAUCAUGCGAAAGCUGGAAACCCGUGACGAUGCGGCCAGGGAAAAACGAGCGGCAGCUGAAGUGAUGCGGAGUCGAAAGUGUGUGAUCACGAUCCUGAAGCAACUCCGCGGAAAGUGCGACAUAACGUCCGUCGAUGCCAGGACGAUAAAAGAGCUCGAUAAAUGCUACCACGUCGCCGUUGAGCACAAUACGCACACCAAGGACGUAAUCUUCACCAACAGCGCCGAGCAGGUUGAGUCAGUUGCCGAAGAACUCGAAGAAGUACUCCCAUGGUCUUUUAUGGACAGUCUACUUUUUGCUUUCACCGUUAUCACAACUAUCGGCAAGUUUCGAUUUUUCAAG